UAUUCAGUACACACCAAGAGCAACCGCGGGAUGGAAAAAUGGAUGGUGUAUCUUUAACCCACAAAGGUUGGAGCAGAUUUUGUUCUGAGCGAGUUAACAAUGGAAACUUUUUUUUUUUGGUGUUUCCCUCCAGCGGUCCUGCCAAGCAAUAGAGAGAGAAAAGAAAAAAGAAAAAAGAAAAGAAACUUGUUCCGCUGAGUUCAACCCCAGACAGGCUCACAACUUCCUUCCUGCUUUCCGACCCCCUCCCCUCCCGACUCUCUCUCUCUCUCUCUCUCUCUCUCUCUUUUCGUCCUGUAGAUUCAACAAACAUUCAAGAAACAGCUUCGCUGAAUGGCCAGGGUGUUGCGGGAGAAGAAGUCAAGUCGUAAACGAAGCGCAGAUCGCGUCACAAAACAGAGUGCCCGACUCAGCUUACAAAACCAUUCAGUCGCUCUUUUAAAAUUAGACUCCGAGAAGAAGGAGAAACAAAAAGAGAAAACCAAACGGACGCCGAAAAAGCCUGGAGUUUCUGAAUUUCUGGAGCGUUCGGAGGUCUGCGGGUCUUGAUGCCUGCACUUUCCCCCGAAGAAAUGUGAACGGUGAAGGUGCAUCAGUCUCUGCUGAACAGUUGUUUAUGGAGCGGUGGGUGCGGGCCGGAGGGUUGCCCUUGCGUGUCUGCUGCUGCUCCCUAGGAGAUGCUGCCGCUGUCGCCGUCCUUGCUGCUGGCCCUGAGAGGACGAGGGCUGCUCGGCAGAGGCUGAGCUCGGAGGAGGGAGAGGAAGCGGAGCCAGUCCCCCGGCGGCUGGACCCAUUACUAUGGCCGUGUCCUGCUAUGCGCUGAACACUUUAGUGAUCAUGAAGAGCGGCGGCGAGGAAGAGGAGAAGAGCGGCGGCGGCGGCGGCAGGAGCAAGACACCGCCUGUGACGCGCAGGCAGGUGGUGCCUGGUCUGGUCCGAGGAAGCGAGAGGCACAGCAGCUACUGCCCCCUGCCCGGGCGCAGCGUUGGCUCCAGCGGCAGCAGCAGUAGCGGCAGCGGCUCUGCUUUCCUCUUCCCUCCGGCAGAGUCGCCGCAGACAGCAGAGGAGUCGAGCGCUCGUGGGACCCCUCGACGGCUCAGCAGCCCCAGUUGGGCUUUCCGUUUCGGGGAAGGGUUGCAGACGAGCCCUCCCGGCCGGUCCCCUUCGCCUGGCUCGGAAGAGGCACGCAGGACGCCUCGGAUCCUCCAGUGGGAGCUGCAGAACGUGCAAGUGACCCAGAAAGUGGGGCUCUUCGAGGCGCACAUCCAGGCGCAGAACUCGGGCGCCGCUCCUUUCCUGCUCAAGAGUCCCCGUCCGGGCCGAAGGAGAUCGCUUUCCCCCAACCCAUCUCGGGCCCCGCAGCUGUUUGCAGACUCUCCGGAGAAGGGGUUGAGGAAGCAGGAGGAGGAAGAGGAGGAGGAGGAGGGGGUCAAGGGGCUACUGAGCCCGUUUUCCCGGCUAGAGAUCACGGAGAGGACGUCGGAGCGGGAGGUGGAGAAGGGCUCUGGGACCCUUCUAGCACGCACGGCCGAACCGACUGAGACGUCCAGCGGCUCUCCUGUUGCGCAGGGCGCGUGGCAGAUGGAGAACGGGCUUUCGAGGGCGCAGCCCCCGGAGGACACGGGGAUGGGCGGCGGGGUGUGCCGAGCGCAGGACUCGAGAGCAGCGGAGAAUGGGAGCAAAUCGCCCAGGUUGUGUGGUUCAAGGGAGACUGAGAAAGGGGACACGUUGCCAAAGGCGCACAGUUCGGACAAGAUGGAGAGGACGCACGCGAUUUCUAGGGCGCAGGAGUCAGGGAGGGCGGAGAGAAGGCUGGGAUCUAGUGGGAGGCAGGACUUGGAGAAAAGAAGCGGGUCCCCCGAGGGGAAGGACUCCAGAGAGUUGGAGGAGGCAAGGGGGUGCCAAGGGGCCCAGGCACCAGGGGUGAGGGGCAGCUGGACGCAGGUAGGUGAAAGCGAUGCGCGGCAUUCAGAGGCAUCGGGCAGGGUGAGUGAGUCCUCGGAGGACCAGAGCUGCUUAGAAGUCGUUCAGAGGAGGAGCGGCUUUCUCAGAGGGCAGGGCUCAGAGCCUGUGGAGAAGCCCCUCCGAGAGCAGCUCCCGACAGCAGAUUCGCCUUGCCUCGCUAGAACUGACAGCAAGGAGGGAGGCAGCAGCAGCAGCAUACUAGCUUUGGCGGGCUCUGCGAAAAAGCAGAUGUCAGCGCCUGAGCUUAUGGCUGAAGCCAAUGGAGCCGGGCUGCAAAAACAGCAUCCUGGAGGGCAGCCGCCGCCCUCGGAGCCCUCUGCAGUAGUGGGACAAAAGCAGGAGAAACCCUUUGUGGAAGGGGAGAGCUGUUGUGGAGGAGGAAGCAGCAUCCCUGCGGUCAUUGUUACUGACUUGGGAGCUCAGGAGGAGGAAGAGACGGGAGAGGGUCCCCGAAAGAACAUGCCCAUCAGGAAGCUGUCUUCUUCAUCUGCUUCCUCUACUGGCUUCUCCUCAUCUUGGGAAGAGUCUGAGGAGGACAUCUCCAGCGAUCCUGAGCGAGCCUUGGACCAGAGUCCAGCCUUCCUGCAGACCCUGGAUAAACCAAGAGUGUUAUCAUGUGUAAGAAGGAAAGAAAGAAAGAAAGAAAGAAAGAAAGAAAGAAAGAAAGAAAGAAAGAAAGAAAGCCCAUGUAAAAAGAGCAAGUCAUGGCGGAAGAUCAAGAAUAUGGUGCACUGGUCCCCCUUCGUUAUGUCCUUCAAGAAGAAAUAUCCGUGGAUCCAGCUAGCAGGACAUGCAGGUAGCUUCAAAGCGGCAGCUAACGGGAGGAUACUGAAGAAGCAUUGUGAGUCUGAGCAGCGCUGCUUGGACCGCUUGAUGAAUGAUAUCCUGAAGCCUUAUGUCCCUGCCUAUCAUGGGGACAUAGUGAAGGAUGGGGAGCGGUACAAUCAAAUGGAAGAUCUGCUGGCUGAAUUUGAUUCUCCCUGUGUCAUGGACUGCAAGAUGGGAGUCAGAACCUACUUGGAAGAAGAACUCACAAAGGCCAGAAAGAAACCAAGCCUCCGCAAGGACAUGUAUCAGAAGAUGAUUGAAGUCGACCCGGAGGCUCCGACGGAGGAGGAGAACACGCAGCACGCAGUCACCAAACCCCGAUAUAUGCAGUGGAGGGAAACCAUAAGUUCUACAGCAACUCUGGGGUUCAGGAUUGAAGGAAUCAAGAAAGAAGAUGGCACUGUGAACAGGGAUUUCAAGAAGACCAGGACAAAAGAACAAGUCAUGGAGGCCUUCAGAGAAUUUACUAAAGAAAAUCGUAACGUUCUGAACAGUUACCUUAACCGGCUGAAGGGGAUUUGUGCCACCUUGGAAAUGUCGCCGUUCUUUAAGAGCCAUGAGUAUAGAAACAAAGGCUUCUGCAUUUUCCUUUUGCAGGUAAUUGGGAGCUCCCUUCUCUUUAUCCACGACAAGAGGGAACAAGCCAAAGUCUGGAUGAUUGAUUUUGGGAAGACCACACCCCUUCCAGAGGGAGAGGUCCUCCAGCACAACGUGCCCUGGGUAGAAGGGAACAGGGAAGAUGGCUACCUCUGGGGGCUGAACAAUCUGAUUGAAAUCCUCACGGAGUUGUCUCGGAGCGAAGACUUGCAUUAAAGCUAGAAGUCCAACUCAACCACUAUCCAGAACCUUGCCCCUCAAACUGACUUUCUGAACUGCACUACAAGACACUUUCCACCCCGCACCCUCUCCCAUCCAGUUUUAAAGUUAGAAGCAACUUUUUAUUUAAGGUGUAAAUAUGUAGUUCAUACUAGAACAAAUGCUGAACAUGAAACUUAGCUGGUGGUGGUGGAAGCAGAUCACAGUCCUAGUCUGUCAGCUUUGUGACUCCCAGUCUCUGGCUAGCCAAAUGCAUGAAUUGCAAAACUUCCUCUCCAUGGAAUAUCUGGCUCUUCUGUGCUUUAACAGAGGGAAUCAUUCCCAUUCAGCUGAAUGAGUAUGAUGCCCUCCUCCUGCUGAAAUACUAUCUAGCUGUGUAAGUGAAAAAUAGACAUUGUAAGUUAUCUGCUGCCCUCCUGUGUCCGAAGUUAGUAUACUAUUUUGGGUCUCUGAAGUUAAAGGCAUAUCUACAUAGGACAUUUUGUGGAGAUUAUGGUAGAGAUGUGCAUGAAAUGAAUUUUUCAAUUCAUUUUGAAUUUGAAUUCUGAAAAUUUGUUUCAGAUCUGAAUCAAACAUUUAUUAUUUUAUUAUGUUGUUUUUAUUUAUUUGAUUUAUAUACCGCCCCUUCCAAAAAUGGCUCAGGGCAGUUUACAAUAUGGGUUACAAUAUGGAUCUGGUCCAAUAAUUCACUUUGAAUUGGAAUCAAUUCGACCCUGUUUUGGUGCUGUUUUUAACCAAUCACGGGGCCUGAAUGAUUUAAAAAUGGUGCCAAAGGGCUCUCGAAUUGAAUUGCCCUUUUAAGGGUGAUUCAGUUUGAAUCCAAAUCACUCGAUUCACCCAGAUGCGAGUCAAAUUUGCACAUCGCUAGAUUAUAGGUGCUCUUCUUGGGAAGCUCCCAAACAGACCAGACUUUGGGAUCUAGAGCUUACCAAGAAAGUUCAGGAGAAAAGCACUGAAUGACAGCAAAUUAAUUGUAUUUACUAACUUUCUUAAACCUACAAAGAUGGUUAUAAGCUUUUAGAGAAAAGUUAAUAUUGAUCUAAUUUUCUAUAUAUUGAGCAAUUUCUGCUUAGCUUAGAACUACUGUGCAAUAUUUGUACAGAUGGUUGUGCAGAUUGUACAAUUGCAUUUUAACAUGGUUUAUCCAUUUUAACCACUGAGAUGAGGUAAAAUGUUCUGGUCCUGAAACUUCAUUUGCCUUGGGGAGACCUAGUUGCAUAUCACAGACUUGAAAGGGCUAUCACUGCCAUGGUUCAGGUGCUCCUUUGGUAGCAUUGCGGGCCCUUUUAGAACAGUAAGCAACUUCUCAGGUGUGCUUUUGCAAAACAGUCCAGUUCUUAAAUUUCAAAGAGUAAGAACUUAACUAGGCCUUCAAAAUGAGCUUUCCUAUUGGUAAGCAAAGCGUUAAAAUGGUGAACUAAUACAAUGUUCAUAUAUCUGCAAAAAAAAAAAAAAGAGGAAGAGAAAGAAGAUGUAAUCUCACUUGGUCAGACAUGGCUGAUUUAAGACGAAAUUUGUCUUAGUCCCCCAAAUGGGACUAAGUUUUCUACGUUGGUGGCUGCGUAUGGGUGGUAUCUAAAGGAUUUGCCACUUUCCGUCUUGCGAAAACGUCUGCUUCCCUAUUUUCGGGUGGAGGCUAUUUUAUAACUUCCUGGAACAUUUGAACUAAUCAGAUUGCUGGCCUCCGAACUGGUUUGCUAAAAGGCCAGCAAUUGACAGAGCUAUAGGGAGGGGAAGGCUCCUGGGGCAUCUGGGUUUUCUUGGAAUGCCGAGUGCCGCAGACCUUGAAGACAGGAACCACAUUUAGGUCAUAAACCAUCCAGCAGCUAUUUUUUCUGCUGGCUUUAACUCUCACACAUCUUUUAAACCAUUGUUUUCAUGAAAUAUCCCUCUUCAAUCUCAUGGUCACUAUUCUUCCCAGUGGUAAUUCCAGCUUUGCCCUUACAAUGGGAAUAGCGACCAUUUCUUGCAUCACAGAGGAUCUGUCCUUGUUACAAGUGUGUGUAUUUUGGGGGCCAGGAAGAUACCCCUCGGCCACAGUCUGGCAUGCAACAAAACCUCAAACCUCUUGGGAGUUCCUCUGUUCAUAUCUCUCUAGGCACAUGUCCGUCAUUCCUCUGUGUGCUGUUGUAAAUAGUUGCUCUGUUCAGCUGCUUUUCCCCUUCAGGCUUCCUAUGCUGUUUAAUAAUAGCCUAUGUGGAAGUGCCUUAUGGACUACUUUCUGUUCCAUUAGUGUCAUGGAAAAGUGUCUUUUUAAAAAAAUAGUUCUAUUUAUUGCCAUUCAAUUCCUCCCUCCCCCCCCCCCCCCCGGUUACAUAGAACACUACAUCUUAAUGCAUGGAAUCUUAAUGUUUAGUUUUUAAAACCUCUUUUUCCACGUUUGUGGGAAGGGGGGGGGGGAGUCCUUGAAACAGCAUACAUUUAUACAAUUUUUAAAAAAACUGUAUUUAGCUUUUAAAUUGCUUCUAUUGUAUACAUUUUUUUUUAGUUUUUUUAAAGCCUAUGUUGUUUGUAAAACAAGAUUCCUUGCUUUGUGGCUUUAAAAGAAGUGAGUUGUUUCUCCAGAUGUCUCUUAGACCUCUUCUGGAGGCUGGAACUGUUGCUGUGAGAUAGUCCUUUUUCCUUUCUCCUCCCACUGCCCCCCCCCCCAAAUCUGGCACCAUUUCUCCUUGAUCUAAAGAUGACACAAAGAACGUGCAGAGUUAUUAAAAAAAAUUGCCACUAACGCACAGUGCCUGUAAGUCAGAUAACUCAAAAUAAAGGCAUACAACAUG